AUCGUUGAAUAGAAUCGUUUCGGGUUAUGACGUCAGUAUACCCGAUGUGAGCUCACAGACGGCAGGUCGAAACGUAUGAGCUUAGAGACAGAACGAGUUCCCGCCGUUGUCAAGUAUUCAAGAACUGAACCGAUGAUUUCGGUAAUGAACCUAAACGGCAAAUCGAUAAUGAGCACAAAUGAACCAAGCAACUACAUGAGCAACAUGAUGCUACCUGAGAUGGUGAGAGCAACAAGAACCCACCCACUCGGCCCAGACUGCAUUAUUUCCAGGAAUGAAAUAACAGAUCAGAAAUCCCUGAGAUCAGUAAACUACUACUGGUAUAUUUCUCAUGAGAAAGGGUGUGUGGAGUGUGUUGUGAAGAUGUCACGAGGGGGAACCAAUGUAACAACAUCUGAUCCCAAGUGUGUGGUGACAAGAAAACAUCGUCGUUUUGAAGCAUAUUGCUGCAUGAUAUGCAGAUCAAAUUUUGUCACUGUUGUGCAGGCCCUUCUGCAUUUGAAAGCAAUACACAGAUCUACAAGUAAGAUUCUUAUACAAGACCUUGAUAUUUUCCACAACAUUGAAAAAGCAAUGGAAGUUCCCCCUGUUCCACUUCCGUGGCACAUUGCAAAGAAAUAUGUAGAUCAGGACAAAACCUUGGAUUUCUCAGACUUUAAAAAGGGCGAUUAUGAGCAAAAUGUGAACAACUACGUCAUACCACCUGGUGCAACACUGACGUCUGCAGCAAAUGAUAUGACACUGGAGCAGCUUGCAGGUAAGAAUUACCACCGAACCUGUUUAAAAAUAGGAUAUAAUGAGGCACGUUUUAAUAAAAGUUAUGCUGCCGUUGCUAUUAUGUGCAGUGUCAAUGUAAUAUUAAAAAUAGCUGUUGUGAUAAAACAGGUACCUUGA